AUGACCAUAGAAUCGAGCUCCGUCGCUAUAUCUACGCCCAGAUCCCGGCCCCGUGCUGCAACGACUGUGCAACCAGCUCCCACCUUUCCCGCGUCCCUUUCUUCCCGACGCUCUUCACAAGUCAUGGCCCCUCUUACGCUCUCGCCUACUCUCAACGCCUCAGCAGCAAGCCCGAUGCCGGCCGCUGGGGAUCAAGAGACUUCACGGGCAGCCGCAGUGUCUGAAAAAUCAAUUGUCAAGGAACCUCGAAUUGAGCGAAAGGCAGGCCCACUACGUCAUCCCAAACCGCUGACCCCCUCCGAUAUCCAUUCGAUGUUGGAGCAAGAGCAAGAAGCAAUGGUUAAUCGGCUAUCGAGAGAACUCUCUCUUCUUCGCCAACAAACAGCCUCGGUCGCAUCGACAACAUCAUCUACAUCGACUACACUCAACGAUCCUAUGGACUCUCUACACGCCUCCCAGUAUGCCAUCAGCUCCACGGUUCCGACGACUUCGCGCCGACAUCGCUCCUCUUCCAGCCUCAGUUCUUCCUACAUCCCCGCGGUUCAAGGGUCGCGGACGGGCAGCGGGUUCGGAAUCGCACCGUCGAGGGAGACACAGCUACCGUCGACCCGCACGGACUCGGGUAGGAGUCGAGAGCCGUCGCUCACUUCUCGACAAUCGGACGCAGCAUUGUCACAGCAUCACUUGCCGUCGACCGAUCAGCUUUCACCCUCCAUAGGAGGUUUCCCUUACCGGAACUCGAUCACUCAGCAGAAGAGCCCGGUUAUUCCUCCCUCCCGCCACGAGGAGCUCCUAGCCCAGCGGGAAGAGGUAGAUAUGCUGAAGCGGGAGAAUGAGACUCUACGUCGCCGUGUGCGGGAACUAGAGCUGAUUGUUCGAAAUUCUCGAGAACAGGAGCGUGCUACAGACCACUCCAUUCCUGAUACAGCGCGUUCCGGCGGAGAACAGGGGAGGGAGAUACUAGAUUCCGAGAAUUGA